GCCGGUUGAGCGGCGGGCGGGGGGUGGCGGGAGCGGCGGCGGCGGCGGCGGGGACCGAGCGGGGCCCCCAUGGAGCUGCUGCGGAAAUGGCUCGGCCACCCCGAGGACAUCUACAACCUGCUGCGCUUCAAGAUGGGCGGCUACCGCACCGUCAUGCCGCGGGUCGACCCGGACACGCUGGGAUGUGGCCUCCGCACCUGCUACCGGUACCUCAACCAGACCAGCCGCAGCUUCGCCGCCGUCAUCCAGGCUCUGGAUGGAGAGCUGCGACAUGCUGUCUGUAUAUUCUACCUGGUGCUCCGUGCCCUGGACACUGUAGAGGAUGACAUGAGCAUCCCCUUGGAUGUGAAGGUCCCUAUGCUGCAGGAGUUCCACUCCUACCUCUACCAGCCGGAGUGGAAGUACAUGGAGAGCAAGGAGAAGGACCGGCAGGUGCUGGAAGACUUCCCAACGAUCUCCAUGGAGUUCAGGAACCUGUCAAAGGUCUACCAGGAUGUGAUUUCGGAUAUUUGCCACAAGAUGGGUGUUGGAAUGGCAGAGUUCUUGGAGAAAAAAGUGGACUCUCAGCAUGAAUGGGAUAAGUAUUGUCACUACGUUGCUGGGCUGGUGGGGAUCGGCCUUUCCCGUCUCUUCUCUGCAUCAGAGCUGGAAGAUUCAAUUGUGGGGCAGGACACGGAGCUGGCGAACUCCAUGGGACUCUUCCUGCAGAAAACCAACAUCAUCCGUGACUAUCUGGAGGACCAGAUGGAAGGAAGGGAGUUCUGGCCCAGAGAGGUUUGGAGCAGAUACGCACAGAAGCUCUCGGACCUCGCCAAGCCAGAAAACAUCGAGAUGGCCGUGCAGUGUCUGAACGAGCUCAUCACCAACGCCCUCCACCACGUCCCCGACGUCCUCACCUACUUGUCCCGCCUGAAAAACCAAAGUGUCUUCAACUUCUGCGCCAUCCCCCAGGUGAUGGCCAUUGCCACACUGGCUGCCUGCUACAACAACAAGCAGGUGUUCCGGGGCGUGGUGAAGAUCCGGAAGGGACAGGCCGUCACCCUCAUGAUGGAUGCCACCAACAUACAAGCUGUCAAAGCCAUCAUGUACCAGUAUGUGGAAGAGAUCUACCAGAAGAUCCCAAGCACCGACCCCUCCUCCAACAAGACGCAGCAGGUCAUCGCCUCCAUCCGCGCCAUGAGCCUGCCCGGCAGCUCCAUGGCAUCCCGGCACCACUACUCCCCCAUCUACCUGUCCUGUGCCAUGCUCCUGGCAGCCCUGAGCUGGCAGUACCUCAGCACCCUCUCCAAGGCCACCGAGGAGAUGAUUUGAAAUAGAAACUCCAGUUGCUUGUUUUCUUCCUUGAGAUCUGAAGCAUCUUUUCCAGCUCAGAGCUGAGCAAAACCCCGAGGGUUUUGCCUCCUUUUCUUAGGCAGCCUCUUCCCCAUCGCAUCCCGAGCCUGCCCCAUGCUGGAAGGACGCUGCUUCAGCUGGGAGAGGAACAUGCUUUCUUAUCCAGGGGAAAAAAAGCUCUGGCCACUUUCUAGCCCUCAGACCAGGCUGGCUGACAUCCUGCAGCCUGGAAACAGGCAGAGGCAGUAGUCCCAUUUCUGUUGUGCUGAAGGAUGCUGAAAGAAGCCUUUUUAAUGGUGGUGA